AUUUUAUUCCCCUCAAUACCACACCCUUUUUUGUUUUUCAUUGAACGAAAAUGGAGGAGAGUAAUCAAGUACAGCAGAAUCAAGUCCAAGAUCAACCAAUCGAGGUUCACGAUGCACAAAUUGAUCACACUGCCAAAGAUUGGAUUCAAAAUCAAGUGGAUGCUGAAGUGAAACGCGUACGAGACGCAGGUUCGAGUGUUUUGCCUUAUAAAAUCAUCAACUGUGGCGUCGUGCCCAAUUUCGAAAAGAAAACAGCGCGUGCCAUCAAUCGUAUUGAACUCGAUACCAACGUAGAUGUUUCCAAAAUCGAACAGGUGAUGGUGUCGCCUGCUGUUCCAUAUCCACACAAGCCUAAUUUCAACUAUGUCAAUUUGAUUCUUGUUUCCUCGCAACCUGUUCCGUUCCUUGCACCCUAUCUCUACCAAACGAACGUACAGGUGACCCAGCCAGAAAAAGAGCAGGAAGGACGAAAGACGAUUCCCAGCAAAGAAGUCGUAUUGAAGAACGAUCUGCGCGAGUUUUUAUUCAUCAACAAGCGAGGAAUCCGUGCACGGUUUACCAUCCAUGCGUAUCAUGACGUAUAGAAUAUAUAACGAACGACAACAACAGCACCCGCUGUACCUCCCUACUAGCAUCAUUGUACAUUUGUAUGUACUGUAUAUACGAUUUUUCUAUCGACUAAAAAAACGCUAUUAUAUAUUUUUCUCUUUAUGGACACAAAUCUAAUGGGAUAAACAAACUAAUUAAGCGCAUUUCAUGGCAAUUCAAUUAAGAUAACCCCUGAACACGACCAAUUCAUUCGGUAUCUUGUUGAUAAAGUUUGCAAAAGAUAUUGUAUAUCAGUUAGCACAGCAAUGCGACAACAACAGUAUGGUGCAUCCCGUUUAUAUUCGCCAAAAAGUAAACUCCAAUAAAAGACCGAAAAGUUAAAGUUUUGCUUAUUUGUUAUUUACAUAUCUAUUUAGAAUAGUUAUUUGAACU